AAAAAAAAAAAAAAAAAAAAGAGAAUUGGCAAUGACUGCCGAAGUUGUUGCAGACUGUUGGUUUGACUGCUGAGGAAGACGUGAGUGAGAGAGAGAGAGCGCUGUUGCACACACAAAACCACAGAGAGAACCCACAAUUUAACCAACAUCCCCAAACCCAAGUUUUCAGCUGUGGACCUUUUAGCCUUCAGAGCUUGCGAUCGGCUGCGAACUUUCUUUAAUCUGAUGGAAGAUGUUAUACCAAAGACAAGUACAGACAUAGAGACUUAAAGCCUGAAUACCUUGCACUGAGCUCUUCCUUUUUUUUAUUUUUGCGGGAGGAUGGUUGAUAGGUCGUGACACGAGUAGUCUUUGAGCAAUGCGAACCAAACUACUGAAGCUGAUUUUCAAGGCUGCUUAAAAAAAAAAACCUUGCCGAGAACAUUAAUGGAUUCCUGUUGUGUUUAAAUUCUCUACAGAUUAUAUUGUAAAUAUUUUAUGAAGGACAGUAUAUGUGCGUGUGCGUGCGUGUGUGUACAUGAAUAUAUAUAUGCAGUUGUAGCCAGCUGACCUUUGAUCAGAAAGCCUAGCUCGCGUACUGCCUUCUCUGAAGACUGACUCUGAAUUUCGCUCUCUUAAAGAGCGAUUUUUUUUUUUUUUCCUGCGGAAGACGCUGAGGCAUUUUGCUUUCUCUUGGGACUGCAAAGAAAUCACCUGGAAGAAACCGAUAGGCAACUGACUCUCUGGGAAGCCCAGGCUUUGCAUGUCUUUCUGACCUCGUCGUGCCUAAUUUUUUCCACGGUGCUUGGAAGUUUGGAAGGAGCUUUUCCUCCUCCGGUAACUUUUUGCAGCCUAGAUGCACAGGCACCGCGGUAAAGCCCCGCACGGACUACCCUUUCGCUUAUCGGAUUAACGUGAUCUAUUCCGCAGCUCCGGGAAGCCAAGAGUUAAGUCUCGGCGUGCUCGCUAUCUCAGCCGCCUUCAGCAAAAAAUUAACUUUGGGGACUGGCGUAGAAACAAGUUUCCCCCGGGUCCUCUGCCUGUAUCCGUUUAUGUUGGUCCCCAGAGAGCAGGUCGCCGAAGAGUUACUCUCGUUUCGCUGUUUUGUAAAAACCCUGUGGAGGUCUUUCACUCAAAAGGCUUGUUGUGAUGCGUAUCCCCGUAGAUACCAGCACCAGCCGCCGCUUCACGCCGCCCUCCACCACGCUGAGCCCGGGGAAGAUGAGCGAGCCGCUGCCGCUGCCCGGCGCCGAGCACAGCGGCGCUCUGCCGGGGAAGCUGCGCAGCGCCGACCGCAGCAUGGUGGAGGUCCUGGCCGACCACCCCGGGGAGCUGGUGCGCACCGACAGCCCCAACUUCCUCUGCUCCGUGCUGCCCACCCACUGGCGCUGCAACAAGACGCUGCCCAUCGCCUUCAAGGUGGUGGCCUUGGGAGACGUGCCCGAUGGGACACUGGUAACGGUGAUGGCUGGAAAUGAUGAAAACUACUCUGCAGAACUCCGAAACGCCACAGCUGCUAUGAAAAACCAAGUAGCAAGAUUCAACGACCUCCGAUUUGUGGGGAGAAGUGGAAGAGGGAAAAGCUUCACACUGACUAUCACAGUCUUCACAAAUCCGCCACAAGUGGCCACAUACCACAGAGCCAUCAAAAUAACAGUGGAUGGACCUCGUGAACCCAGAAGACAUCGUCAGAAAAUAGAUGAGCAGACAAAACCUGGGAGCUUGUCCUUUUCAGAGCGCCUGAGUGAACUGGAGCAGUUGCGUCGUACGGCCAUGAGGGUCAGCCCACACCACCCAGCCCCCACACCCAACCCACGAGCCUCCUUGAACCACACCACUGCUUUUAACCCUCAGCCUCAGAGUCAGAUUCAGGGUCUCUUUUUCAUUGCAGACACAAGGCAAGUACAGCCAUCUCCACCAUGGUCCUACGACCAGUCCUACCAGUACCUGGGCUCCAUUGCCACCCCCUCUGUGCACCCCGCUACACCAAUAUCUCCCGGCAGGGCUAGCGGCAUGACAUCCCUCACCGCAGAGCUUUCAAGCCGGCUGUCAAGUGCUUCUGACUUGACUGCGUUCAGUGACCCCCGGGUGGGAAUCGACCGUUCCUUCUCUGCACUCCCCUCCAUCUCUGACCCUCGGAUGCACUAUCCUGGAGCAUUCACCUACACACCGACGCCCGUCAGUUCAGGGAUAGGAAUUGGUAUGUCUGCCAUGUCCACAGCCACAAGAUACCACACUUACCUACCACCUCCUUACCCUGGCUCGUCACAGGCCCAAGGCAACCCAUUCCAGACCAGCUCGCCUUCCUAUCACCUCUACUACGGAACCUCUGCCGGCUCCUAUCAGUUCUCCAUGAUCUCAGGGGGAGACCGGUCCCCCCCACGCAUCCACCCACCCUGCACGAAUGCCUCCACGGGAUCGACACUCCUCAACCCCAACCUCCCCAACCAAAGUGAUGUGGUUGAGGCAGAAGGAAGCCACAGCAACUCCCCUACUAACAUGGUGACCACAGCGAGGCUAGAGGAAGCAGUGUGGCGACCAUACUGAAUGAAUUUUAAGUAGUUAUGGGCCAGGACUAAAGUGCUUUCAAUUUUCCGGUGGCCGUAGGUAUCCCAUAAACACCAUCUUGCUUAUGGGCCCUGCCAUGUUUAUACAUCAGUUUCAGAUGAAAACCCUCCAGAAGUCAGUGCUCCCAGGAGUGGUGGUGUGUGCUAGCCAGCCCCUGGCGAAGUGAAGUCGCUCCAGCAAAGCAUCCCUUGUGGGGGACUGAGCUUCUGGAAAGGAGGACACCUGAGUUGGUGGUCCAAAGGUAGCAAGGGUGGGGAGAAAAAUACCCAGUCUGUUUCCAGGCCUGUGGCUUUCUAUCAUGCCUGGGCUUCAAGGUCUCCACAGCUCUAAAGAGAGUUUUGGUUCACUUCUAUUUUUAAGACUUAAAACCUAAAAGAAUCUUAGUGAGUUUACUGCAUCUUAUGGACAUAUUAACUGUAAGAAAGUAUAGGAAGAUUCCCAGAGGGAAACUGUGAAUGCUUCUGUUUUAGCAAUGCUGUGAAUGAGAGGUUUUAUAUGUUGAACUUCAUUCUUUCUUCUUUUUUUUUUUUUAACCACGUUGUAUAUUCCAAAGAAUAUGGAAAUUUUUUAUUGCUGGGGUUUUUUUGUUUUGUUUUGGGUUUGUUGGUUUUGUUUGUUUUUUGUUUUUUUUUUUUUUUAGGAUGCAGCUCAUAUUGCUUUGCAUCUAAUUUGUUUUAUUUCUCUCGGCACCUUAUAAAUUGCAAAAAAAAAAAAGAUUUUGCUCUUUUUUUUCUCAUAAACAUGCUUGCUUCUUUCUUGGUUUGUCAAUUGAAAGAAUCAGCCCCUUUUUCAAUGAGUUAAUUUAACUUUUUUCUCUUGGAUUUUUUUUAAUACAACGGCUACAGCCUUGGGUCAUUUUCAACUACUGUACUACUUUGAUGAGUUCGUUGAUAUUUAUGCUUGCUAUUUAGACUUUUCUUAUUUGUUGAUACUGUUAUUAUUUAAAUAUGCCUAUAUUAAAAAAGAACAGUAAUUGCCUUUUUUAGUAGCAGCCAAAGUUAAAUUUGUCACAUUGAAAAAGGCUAGAGUAACGAUGGGUAAAGUGACCUUCUAAUUACCUAGAAAUAUUGUUUACAAUGAUCUCACUCUUAUUUUACUCAGCUAACUAGGCUUAGAUGCUCAAAGGCAUUUAGGUGCCCAACUCCCAUGGAAUGAUUUAGGCACCAAAAUCCCUGCGAACUUCUGUGCCUUCACACCCAGUGGAGUCAUCUCACUCUACUCCUUCCUCACGUUUCCUUCAUGACCAGUGGUGACCAUCAGGAUCAGUGAUCAGGAUGCACAUAUUUCAUAAAGCAGACUCAAAAUUCCAUAGCUAAAUACAGCCUCAUACAGCCCCACUCUGCUUGCCUGGGCUCCCUAACAGUCCUAGUGGAGGCCUCCUAGUCUUUCAAAAGCAAAAGCCAACGUGCAGUUAGCAUGGCAAGGAUGAAGUCCUGGCUAUGAUGGAAUCAGUGUGAGAUUUGCUUCUGGCUCAAUGGAGCCAAGAUUUCUGUGCAGAACAAAAGCCACAUCCAGUGCACUGGAAAAUAGAUCAGUUCAUGCAUCACAAAAUAACUCUAACUAAACAGGAUUGUCAAACUCAUCUGGAAAGCAGGCUAGCAAAGAAAGGGCCUUAGCAGUUCCUCUGUCACCAUCUUCUGAGGGUAUUUAAUGGUAUUUAGAGCUGGUGCACACAGUAUUCUGUCCUGUAGCAGGACAGAAUGUAUGGCUUAUACUAACAGCAUGUUAAUACAGAGUCGUCAUUGUUGCCCAUUGUUACAGCACAAACAUAUCAGAUGUCACUGUAAAGUUUAUGGCACUAUUUUAUUUGAGGGUUUGGUCUGAAUGCAGUUGUUGUACUACUCAUUAAUUGCAAACUGCUGAUGUUGACACAUAUGUGUUCCAAAUUAGCUGAUUAUUAUUUAAUGUACCUCUUAAAUGAGUGAAACAAUUGCAGGUCAACUCAGAGAGAGUAUUUGAAAGCAGGACUUCAGAUCAGUGUUUGAUGUUUAAAAAAAAGUAAAUGGAUUCAAAUGAAAAAGAUCCUUGGCUGCAGGCAGCAAAACAGCUGGACUUAUUUAAAAGCAUUUGUUUUUCAAAUUUUCUUUUUUAUAUAUAUGAUUUUGCUUCUUUGUUUAAGUCAGAUGCAGUAGCACUUUGGUAUUGAAAAGUUACAAGCUGAAGAAUUUGCUUUGUCAAUAAGGUCAUUUUUGUGCAGAAAAUAGGGAGUGUUUCAAGAGAUUUCAGAAAAAGUUUAAAAUUAUUCUGUUAAUAUAUAUGCAUGGCCUUGUGCUUUUCAUUUAGCAUAAUAUUCUUUAUCAUUUUCUAGAACUUACUCUGAACAAAAAAGGCAGAAAACAUCAAAAUUAUAUCAGAACAGUUAAAAAUAUGUUUUGGGAUUACGGAGACCUUGCUGAACAUGGAAAUACAAAGAGCCUACCUGUUGUGACAUUUGUAUAGUUGGAAUCUCACCUCUUCAUUAGCCUAAAAAAAGUCCUUCUUCACUAAACAAUAGCUCUGUUGCAGAAUCUAUUUUACACAUUCUCCAUUGCUAUGCAAUUAAAAUAGAUUUCUUCAGCUCUCACAUCUGCCUUCUGACUGGACCAUCCAAGUGUAUAGUACUGUGAGCAUGAACUGAGCAGUGAGAGAGAGGAAAGGACCUCAGAGGAGCCAGAUGCCUCACCACAGAGGACAUGGCUGCGGUGGCCAGGUGACUUCAGCCCAGUGGCAGAGGUGAGGUUGAUGUCGGUAGUUGCUCCCAGGCCUGUCUGUCACUACAGACUGCUUUCAGCCAAAGCCCUUUGCCCCUUUUUAGCCUGCAGUUUGUACAACUCCCUUUUGAAACUAAAAGAUCAGGGAUUCAGAAGAAUGAGGAGCUGACAUCUCUUAACCUGCAGAUUAGACCUAACAUCGAACAUUCCUUAUGUCUACACAUCUACUUUUUUUCACGGUUGUCGUAAAGGUGAAGUUUGAUUUUUUCUCUCUCUAGUGUGAAUAGGAUGAGAAACUGCAGAACUGUUUACCACACUUAAUCCAUGUCUUUACUGACAUGUAAGAAACUUCUGAGAUCUCUCACUGUCUUAUUAGUGAUAAUUGCCAUCAACUAAACUUUUGAGUCUAACCUCUCCGUGUAUGCUAAGCACAGCACAAAGAAGCACCCUCUUUACAAAGUAAAAACCAAGUUCAUCAUCCCUUGCAACAAGUCUGUUUAAUCACUGUGAGUUUCACUGUAUUCACACAAGUACUUAUGAGAAACCACAGUUUACUCAAAUCUAUAUUUUUAUAGCCAUCCCCUGUCCCACUAAGGACAGCAAAGAUUUUUGAGGCUUUGAAAAUGCUCUCAUGUCAUUCCUCUCAUUUCUCAAGAGCACUUAACAGGCAGAAAGAGGACAUUUGGACAAAACAUCUCCCCCAUUUACGUGUCUCCAAAUUAUAGUGCAAGUAUAUAUUUUUUAUAUAUAUAUAUAAUAUUUAUAUUUUUUUUCCUCCCAAUACCUGAAUGGAAUAAAAAAAUAACUAUUGACCUUCUGUUCACAAGUCACACUCAGCAGUGUCUUAGAUGCUUACUUAGAUACUCUAUCAAAAUAGACUUAAUGAAAGUCCUUACUAUCAGCUUGUGUGUUCCUUUCACAAGACACAUCAAACAGCUUCAAAGAAUAUAUAAGAGCCAACUCUCAUUUGCUCUAAGGCCCAUUACUUGACUCUCAAACAAGAUUUAUGCUUAAUUCAAGAGUUCUUGCUAAACUUCCAGGUUGAUAUACAGGAGCUUUAGUGCAAGGGAGAGGUGAAUGCAGAGUGCAUCCCUGCUACAAAGGUUUGAUUUGUAAAACUAUGCCAGAUUAUCUGCUGAAAGCAGAAAAACCCUUUCCUCCAAAUGGCUUACAGUCUUUGUCAGUGUUCCGAAUUGCCUGCAGUCUUGAAACAUUCCUUACUGCUUUCUGGGUGACCUUUUCCAUUGGUGUAUUUGAAGAUUCAGGAGAAGUGGAUCAUUUUUAUAUUUGAGCAAAAUGCUUGUUUUCCUGCAUCGUAACAUUAUCGUAUCUUAUUUUUGUUAACUUUGCUUGGUCAGUACUGAUCACUUGGCAUUUUUUUCCUUGUCCUGAAAGAGUUGCAUCACAGAGUUACUUGUAUUUAUGUAUGUAAAUAGAUUUCAAAAGCUUCAUAGCAAAAUAUUUAGUGCUUGUAAUUACUCUGCUUUUUUUUUUUCAUUUUUCUGUGUUUUUAAUGAACUUACCUUUGUGUUUGCUUAAAUACUGUAGUGAGACUUACUUCUUUCCAAAUUAGUUAUUUUAGGCUUCAAGAUUAACUACAUUUUAUUCACUUUUGUAAACAGUUAUAGCAUGGUCUCUAUUCAACACUCUUCACUUUUUUGUGGUAGGGGAGAAAUGAAUGUGCAAAGAUCUGUGGGUUAUUUGUGGUAUUCUGGGUUUGACAAUUACAUCUUUCUUUAAAACAAAAACUAAACUUUCAGUCUGAGGUGGCCGUAUGGUAAGUCUGAGGGGAGAACACAGUGGGAGAUGCAGUCCAAUCAGAAUGGCAUCAAAGUGAAUUUGUUAAGCAUUUACUGGCUAUGUUUACAAAACAGACCCUGCAGCAUCCUCCAGCAGUCACAUUUUCCCUUGACACAGUCAUGCUGAACAUUUUCAGAAGGGGAAACUACCAGGUUCUGGAAGUUUGCUUUUGUGGUUUUGAUUGCAGGGGAUUUUUGUUUGGGGGGGGUGAGAGGGGAGGGAUGACUGCUGGGUUUUUGGAACCAGAUAGGAAAAGAAAAUAGAGUAGAUUUUUUUCCCCACUACAGGAAGUUUCUAGAUACCACGUCACAGUAGACUCUUGCUGUACAUAAGGAUGGCUGUGUCCAGCGCCACAGGAAAAUUCAUUACAACUAGCACACAGAGCAGCUGGACUGCUGCGUUAGUUCUAAUGAAUACUUUCUUUCUUUCUUUCUUUGUACCACAGUUUCCUCUGUAAAUUCAAUAUCAUAAUUAGUGUGAAUGACAAAUAAAAUGUUUGACAAGUAUGCA